UAAAAGGGCAGAGCACAGCGGCGUCACGGCGCCAAACGAGCCUACCGUCAGUCCGCGCGGUGUCAUCUCUACAGCUCGCCCACGAAGAAAGGAUUUUCCCCCUGACGCUGGGUGUAGCCGGAGUCCGGCACCCCUGUGCCCGUAACGCCUACACAGCUCCGGCAUACAGUCACGCACCAAGCGCUGCUCGUCUACCGCGGUGCCUGUCGAUUCUCGCCCCGUGCGACUGCUUCGACGCCGCUACCUGUUCUAAGGUGCGAGGGGCGCGCUAGCCACUGCGGACUCUGACACCAGGUGCCGGCAGACGACGGGUUCGAAAGACGCCUCGGACGCCAUGGUGGCGGGUGAUUCGGCUCCGACAAUGACCGCUACUACGCUGGACGCAUCUAAGCUCGAACUCGAUCACAAGACGCAACAGGUCAAGAUCAAAAUGGGCGCCGACACACCGCAAAAGGCGGACAUAAACGCCAACGCGACGCCCCAGGACGCUUCUGAUCCCUGGGCACUACCUGUCCUCGAGGACCAGGGGGUCAAGUGGUCAGAGCUCACCGCCGGCGGCAAGGUUCAGCGGGUGGUUGUGGGCGUGGCCAAGGCACUAUGCCUGGUGGCGCUUCUCUACCUGUUCAUCUGCUCGCUGGACUUCCUCAGCUCUGCCUUCCGGCUGGUCGGCGGCAAGACGGCCGGCAAGGUCAUGUCUCAGAACGAGGUGCUCAAGAACCCCGUCGUCGGCCUCAUGAUCGGCGUCCUCUCCACAGUCCUCGUGCAGAGUUCCUCAACUUCGUCCUCAAUCAUCAUCACCAUGGUCGGCGCGAACCUGAUCCAGGUUCGCGACGCCAUUCCCAUCAUCAUGGGGGCCAACAUCGGCACCUCGGUGACCAACACCAUCGUGUCGCUGAUGCAGAGCGGCGAGCGAAACGAGUUCCGCAGGGCGUUUGCCGCCGCCACCGUGCACGACAUGUUCAACUGGCUCACGGUCAUCGUCCUGCUGCCCUUGGAGGUCGCAUUCGGCGUGCUCUACCAUUUGACCAGCGCCAUCAUGAACUCUACCAACUGGACUACUAACAAAAAUGCUAACAGGGAUUUCUUGCAAGUUUUGACGAAGCCAUUUACAAGCCUUAUUAUUCAGUUGGACAAAAAGGUCAUCGAGAAAGUUGCCAUUGGAGAUGAGACUUACUACAACCAUUCAUUAAUCAAGCGGUGUUGUAACAUGACCAGCGAGGGAUGUGCCACUCAAUGUAAAUUCGCCUUGGUUUCCUUGGACUGGCAAGACAGCUUCGUGGGCCUCUUGCUGUUGGGCAUAUCUCUGUUGACACUGUGCGUCUGUCUCAUCCUCAUGGUCAAGCUGCUUCAUUCGAUGCUUCGGGGUCGCAUCGCCGUCGUCAUCAAGACCACCGUGAACGCAGAGUACCGGUUCCCGUUCUCCGUUCUGGUCGGCUACAUCGCCAUCCUGCUCGGCUGCAUCAUGACCAUCCUCGUGCAGAGCUCCUCCAUCUUCACCUCGGCGCUCACGCCCCUGGCGGGAAUCGGCGUCAUCAGCCUGGAGCGCAUCUACCCGCUCACCCUGGGCUCCAACAUCGGCACCACUACCACCGGAAUCCUGGCGGCCCUGGCGGCCGACUCGAGCCGCAUCAGGCACACGUUGCAGAUCUCCUUCUGCCACCUGUUCUUCAACAUUCUGGGCAUCCUGAUGUUCUACCCGAUACCCUUCACUCGGUUCCCCAUCCAGCUGGCCAAGAUUCUGGGCAACACGACGGCCAAGUACCGAUGGUUCUCGGUCCUCUACCUGCUCUGCAUGUUCCUCUUCUUUCCAGCCGCCGUGUUCGGACUGUCCAUGGCAGGCAUGAUCGUCUUCAUGGUCGUCCUCAUCCCGGUGCUGCUCAUCCUGCUCGCUGUGGUCGCCGUGAACAUUCUCCAGCGGAAGGCGCCCCACGUGUUGCCCGAGAAGCUCCGCAAUUGGCUCUGGCUUCCCGAGUGGAUGCGGUCGCUGGACCCGCUCGACCGCGUCAUCUCCGCCGUCGUCGGGCGGUGCGGCUGCUGCCAGCGGCUGUGUCCCCCGCAGACGGCGCACGACGCCUCUGCCAUGCCGACCAUGCGCGAGGUCUCCUCCCAGAUGAACUUCAUCGAGUCCCGGCGCUCGUCCUGCCCGUCCGACUCUCAGUCCGACCUACAAGCCUUCGAGAACUCUGCCUUCAAUUGGACUAAAGACAAGCAGAACGGUGGCGCCACGUUCAUCACCCAGCUAUAGCGGCCUUGCAGGUCCUGUGCUGUGAUGUAAAUACGCGCGUCUUUAUAUACAAUACGUGUAUUAUAUACAUACGAACUCCUCCUGCCUUGUAUAUAAGACUUCGUGUGUGUGAGUGAGCGACAUGUGCGUGCGUUUCAGUGGAUGUAUCGAAAGUGUGUUUGUUGCAGAUGUGUCCGGCGACAAUAUAAGCCUUACUGGUAGCCUAGAACUUGCGUUAGGGCACUAGACGCGAAUGUUGCUAGCCCGCUGCGUUUCCAGUCGUCCUUAGAUUUUUUGCGCACCGACCCCGUAGUCCACGUAGCGUAUUAUACUGUAGAUGUCCACGUGGUAUCUCCGUAGGAGUGGCGCAUAUCGCCACACUAUUGUGAUAAGUCCUCACGUACCUACGAUACAUCGCCGGCAAACGUAGUCAAUGGCAUAAUUACAGUAGCCUCGUAGAUGACGACUGAGCGAGCUGUCUUUCGUGCUUCUGAUCUCACCAUCUGUAACGUUAAAGAAUCCAUGUCUAGACCAGUCAGACUUCGCUAGCGAUGUUGUCCACCGAGUGCUCUAAUACAUCGCCGCAUGACAGAGCAAGAAAAAAAAAAACGUGCCAUCCGGAAAGCUUACUCUAUCGCUUUCUGGCGCAAGUAUUGCUUUCAGUGCUUCGUAUAGUCAUGUAGUUACGGCAGCGUGUAUAUCUUUUAAUCUGCUCGUUAUUUUAUCGCGCACUUCGAAGUGACGUUCAGGGGUCGCGAUAUGCAUAGUGACCUUGGAAUGUGCUGCGAUUCCGUGCUGCAGCGUUCGAAUUGUGAAUGUCUUUCUGCGUUGCAAGUCCACGAAAAUUCGCAGCCUUUGCCGUAAAGUGCCACACUCCCCAUUCUGCGCGUUUUAGCCCCUUUUUUUUACAUUUUAUUACACCUGGCCUAAUAACUAAAAUUGGGCCAUAUCAUCCUCAUACCUCCUCUUCUUUUUUUUUGCUACCCCAAACAUCGAGCAUCACUUUCUCAUCAUCUGUUUCUUGUGAAUGUGAGAACGUGACACGCCUGCUAUAAGUUUUCCACAUUCUAGUUAGUCACGCCAUAGGGCCUAUUUUAGAUUUAUAUUAGAAAGAUACAUUCCAAGGCUCCAGAUGGCAGCUUCUAGGUUGUCUCGUGCGGUACUUAGAACAUUAUUCGAAAAAAAAAAACCUUCGCUCUCUUGGCGUCGCCAUAAUUUUUCGCAUAAACGUGUAUCCAAGUGCUUUCUCGUUCGUCCAUGCGGCAACAAGCACCGCAUGCUUGUUUAUGACACUCAUUCUGCAGUGAUCGGUGUAUGCACUGGUGCGGAGUGCCUGCAAAGCGUCGAUGUCCCUGUCUUCCCUGUACAGUCGAACGCGCCUGUCCUUUGUGCUUACACGGACCCGUGGUUUUAAAUCGGCAGAUGGUUUUCGCGGCAUUUUUACCGAGCAAAGGGCGACUGUUGUCUGCGCGGCCCUCAUUUAUGGAGCUUUCGGAAAAAAGAGUUCAAAGUUUAAGCGUGAGGACGCCGCGGGUGUACUGCGGGGUGUACUGCGUUUUACUCCAUAGACGGAGACUGUUCUCACCGGCGUGCUAGAUGACGCGUCUGUAAUAUUUUUGCCGCGACACGGCUUACAGGUGCAAAGUGUACGGAACGCAGUGUGUCUUUCGGUUGGCGCCGAAGUCGCAUUUCUGAAGGAGCGGAUUUCUGCAGCGGUUGCGUGUGUGAGUGUAUUGCGUUAUUUUACGAUAUGAUCAUCUUUUGCAUUGUUUUACUGUUCGAGAAAAAAAGUGUUUCAUUAUUUAUUACGUUCAGUGUCAACCUCUCGGAUGAGCGCGAAAAAAAGUCGCAUUCAGUCAGUACAAUCAAGGUUGAGCAAACUGAAGCAGAAAUAAACUGUUUUUAAUUCCUUUUCUAA